UAUGCCCGGGAGCCUCUGAUUCCACCUCUUCUGCUGUAUUUGCCUCCCAGAGACCUCUUGGUUUGGAAGACUUGGGAGUGCCAAAGAAAACCUAUUCAGACACAAUGAGGAAGCACCUGGGUGGAUGCUGGUUGGCCAUCAUCUGUGUCCUGCUCUUCAGCCAGCUGGCUGCAGUCAAGGCAAGAGGCAUAAAGCACAGAAUCAAGUGGAACCGGAAGGCCCUGCCCAGUAGCUCCCCGGUCACGGAGGCCCAGAGGAUGGAGGUGCAGAUGCGUCCCGGGGCCUUCAUCAAGCAAGGCCGGAAGCUGGAUAUCAACUUCGGACCUGAGGGCAACAGGUACUACGAGGCCAACUACUGGCAGUUCCCCGACGGGAUCCACUACGACGGCUGCUCCGAGGCGAACGUGACCAAGGAGAAGUUUGUCACCAGUUGCAUCAACAUCACUCAGGCUGAGAACCAGGAGGAGCUGUUCCAAGGGAAACAGGGCAAGCUUCACCAGGGGAUCCUGUGGAGGCUGGUCAGGGAGCUCUGCUCUGCCAAGCAUUGCGAUUUCUGGUUGGAAAAGGGAGCGGGACUCCGGGUCUCCAUGGACCAGCCUGUGAUGCUCUGCCUGCUGGUUUUCAUUUGGUUCAUUGUGAAAUAAGCCCAUGAGCAGGCAGGCAGCCACGUAGAUGAGCAGGCAAGCAAACCAGAGUCAUCCCAGCUCUCUUCCCCCAGUACCCAACCCACAGGUGUUCUGAAGGUACCAAACAGCAGGGAUUCUGCAGCGCUUCCAAUAGCACGCCUAAGUGUCUCCUCAGGUAUCUGCUUGAAUCUGAUUGUUUGUGUGUCCAUCCCCACAGGCUCUGCCAGAGGGUGUGUGCUCAUCACUGCAUCCUCUGCUCCCGGCGGAGUGCCUGGCACACUGUAUUACACAAUAAAUGUUUGGUGAAUGGAUAAAACAACACACCAGGGAUGGUGCCAGGCACUUCACCAUACCUCCUAACAACGCGCAGAGGCAGGUGUUAUUCCCAUUGUACUGAGGCUCCGAGAGGCGAACCAACCAGAAAGGGGCACAACUGGAACUGAAGCCUGGCUUGUCUAACCCCAGCUUGUCCGCUCUGUCCAAUGCCAGAGCUGUCCCGCGGUCCCUGAUGGCUCUCGAGGCCAAAUCCAAACACAUAUCCCUGUUGGAACUAGGGAAAUUCCAUUUUUAGAAAUAUGAAAGGGCCUGAGCUGAUGGUCAUGUAUUCUGACACCUUUGUUACAGGGAGGCUUUAUUCGAUUCUAACUAAACCAAAAUAUAAUAAAGGUAUUAAAUUCAAAUAGAAAUAGAACUAGACAGAGGCCUGGAAAUUCUCUGGUAAGGGAAUAUUGCCAAGCUGAUUCUCAGAGCAGAUUACAUCCACAGCAGGAUGUGUCUCUGGCACAAGAUAUUUUUUCACACGAAGGGUAAGUGUUUGCUGUUCCCGCCUCUCAAACAGUCCAUGUGUUUAAGAAAACAACUUUGAACGACAUGCUUGCUUUCUGAUGUUCCUCUCACUCCCUGUGCAUGUCUGCAGGCACAUGCACGCGAGCAUCUUUUACAUGCGCUUCCUUUCCUGGGACUCCACACGUCUCCGGCAGUAUUUUUACCACCACUUUGGGGACAGGCCAUCAUUCUUGUGAACCGCCUAUCACUACACAGAAAUAGUUUUUCCUGGCCCAAAAGAAACAGCGUCUUUAGGGAGGUCUAAUGAACAGUCCCUCUGGGCCGUACAGCGCCGGGACUACAGUCAGUAAUGUUGUCUUGGCCAUGCUCGGUGCCGGGCGGGCAUGUGAACUACUGGGGAAACUGCUCUGUAAAGCCCACUGUUGUCCAACCACAAUGCCGUGCGCCUGAAAUUAAUAUGGAAUCAUGUUGAUGUGAACUGCAAUUGAAGAAUAAAAUAACAAUAAUUCAUCCAUACCAUAAGCAGGAAUAGAUACACCACUUCUUAUCUGUUUAUUAGUGGUUAAAAUAUAUAUUACAAAAAUAUUAUUUGUUAACUGUAGUUAAACAUAAAUAUUAUACAAUAUAAGUACCUUUAAAUAAAAAUAACGAAUCUAAUGUUCUAAGAUGCCCCACGGGUGCUCUUGGGUAAACUCAGAGAUUCACGGGGGUUGUUGAACCAUUUUUUGGAGAUAACAGCUGCUGGCGAUCAUCAAUUCUCCCAUAAAGAGAGUCUGUGAGAG